AUUCUUCUUAUAACUUUUUUGCCUUUUUAGUGAGCGACAUGGUAUCACUUCCCACUUUGUUUAAUCAAUAUCUAAACCUUUGUUUACCAUAACAACUAAUACUUUUGACAGACAACUUAUACCAAGAAGGUUAUUUCUAAAAAUGCCCUUUUCCCCAGUAAAGCUUAGUGUUUUCAAAACUGAACAAAUAAUUGGUGUCAAAGAACCCAAAAGAACGACGCUAUACGAUGUGGUCCUUAAUAAUUUCAAAGCCUUAAAAAGAGAAACCUUCAUACAUCGUUUAAUUUAUAUUGGAGAACAUUGUUUUAAAGAACCAGACGAAUUGGCAAGCUUGUAUGAGAAGAUUAUUUAUGAAAUAAAUACUAGUAAUCUUGUCGACGAAAGACAGACAGGGUUUCUCCUGUUCUAUCCCAAAUUUUUUGUAAUUAUCAUCGAUGGGUCUGGAAACUCCAUAUGCAAACAUUUAAAAGAUAUUGCAAAAUACAGGGAAAAUUUACCAAAAUUAAAAGUACUGGUUUUUAUCCAUAAUGUCAACCAGAGAGUUUGCGAUACAUUUUAUACCUUCACCAGUUUACCAAGUCAACUGGUUGACAAGAUAGAUCAUAUGAGUGACCUACAAACAACUAUGACCUUGACAGCUAACUGUAUUAAAAAAAUGUAUGAGUUGGUGACUGCUUUUUUGAAAAAUCUUGAAGAUAUUGAGCUGCAAAAAGAACAAGAACUCAAAAACCAAAUGCUUGAGAUGUCCAUGGAACAAAUAACAAAAGAUUUAAGAGGUAGCAAAUCAUCUUCGAUACUUGUGGUACAAUUUGGUAUGUUUAGAGAGUUUCUCCCUGAGUAUGAUCUUCUAGAUUUUUUAUUAAACACGAAACAUCUAAUGGAUUAUGGUAGUUUUCAAUAUAUGUGGGACAAGCCUGUGCCUUUUUCAAUCCAUACACAUGGAAUCUUUCCUGUCCCAUACCCAGUGGACACUAUCGAUAUUUUUGAAAUUCCAUAUAACCCGGUUUGCAAGUUACCAGUAUCCAAAGAAGAAGAAAUUAAGGAUGAAGAAGAGGUAGCUUCUGUUAUUACGCAAUCCUCUAUUUAAUUAAUUACACGAAAU